AUGUUGUCCCUUAAAGGUCUCCUGAACCCAGCACCAGCUGGAGAUAAUGAUUCCCCUUUUCCUCGACCAAGUCUUGCGCUCGAGUUUCCACCAAUCCCGAACUUCGAAGAAGCAUCAAAUCAAUCUGGGAACCGUUUUAUGAUGGUUUCUGAUAGAUCUGGGCCGAAAGACGCCAACAAUAUGGCAAAGUCGAAGCUGCGCGGUCCAGUCAAGUUUCACCCUUUCGAGCGUCUCGACGAGAUUUCUUUGCAAGAGAUACGCCGAUUCCGAGUCAAGCCAUUUGGAAAUAUCCAAGAUUCAAGCCUUCACAUCCCAUACAACAGUGGCAAAAAGGACUUUUACGAAAAGACAGGACGAGAGAGCUUCGAGGUUUUCAAAUACGAGUUCACCUUGGCUGAACAGAAUACUGAAUACGCUGUGAUGUGGGACUAUAACGUCGGGCUCGUUCGCAUGACCCCUUUCUUCAAAUGUCGCGGCUACGGAAAGGCAAACAAUUCCGGCAAAGAUCUGCUCAAGGUUUGUUCCAUUCAUCAGCGCCUUCUGGUCGUUUGCUCAUCAGUCUACGCAGGUUAUUGGAUGCCAUACACAUGUGCCAGAGCUGUCUGCGCUACCUUCUGUUACUCUAUCGCGGGGGCCUUGAUCCCAAUCUUUGGCCCAGACUUUCCGUCUCUUUGUAUUCAUCCCAGCGCGCCUGACUUCGGCCGCAUGGUCAUCAGCCAGCAAAUAAUCAUCGAAGCUACCCAUGAAGCCGAGAUGACUCGGCGUAUGCAUAUGAGCACGAUCCCACCUAGCUUCCACGGCGCUACGAGCUAUCCGAGAGACGACUGCAGUAUUCCCCCGGGCAUUUAUGCUCAAGACGAGCGCCGCCAUCGAUUCCGACCCCGUCUGGUCUGUGAUCCGUCAUGGGCCAUGGACAGCGACGUCGAAUGCCAUUACAUGUCAGCUCCCAACUCAGCCUCGAGUAGCGGCUCAGGACUACCUGGCUAUAUGGUGACUUCUCGUCCGGGAUCUAGCUGGACCGUUGCAAACCAGUCUAGCCCUGAGCCUAAUCCCUUGCUCAGUGCGGUCCCUCGCAUCCCACCUUUGCAGAAUGAAGGAGCUCUCUCGUCUGCGCCUUGGGGACCUAAGAGACGACUGGAAUACGAAGACUGGGAUAGAUUCUACAGAGAGAGUGCCAGCCCCGCCAUGAGCCCGAGAUCUGUUCUCAUGGUUUCGACCCCUGAGGCCAGUCCUAUGAGGCAACGAGUGAUCAAGACGCGACACAGCGUACCUGAUGCCGCCCAGAAGGACGCAGCCAUGCUUCUCUUAAACCUGAGGAUGCAGGACCAGGGGCCCUCUGUUCCCAACGCCGUCGAGUCGCCGCCUCCUAUCCAAUUGGAGCCUGAUUUCGGGGAAGGACGUCGUAAUAAGAGACUGCGAGCCACUUCAUUGUCCAAGUAA